AUGGCGGAGGAAGAGCCCUUCGAUCCGUGGGCAACUGCCGCGGCAGAUGGGACCUCUGCGGCGCUUAUGCAAAAAGCCAAGAAGAAGGAUGCCUGGGGAAGCUUCAAAGCGGGUGAAGCAGAACCCCUGAGCGAAUCAGAGGCAACGAAGCCAGGAAAGCAAGGAGCCAAGAAGAAGAAAGGAGCUAUCGAUGGAAAGAAGGUGGGUCCAUCUGGGCCGAACCUGGCGAGAAAGAGAGUCACCGACACAAAGAUCGGUGGCAUCGUGGACUCGUGGACCAACUCCUAUGGUUGGAUUCGGCCCUUCCAGCAUGUAAACCACCCAAAGGCUGGAAAGCACGGAGGGAAGAUCUACAUUCACGGCAAAGAUGUGAAGGGCAUGGGGUUUUUGCCCAUGGGCAUGCCUGUAGAGUUCUAUGUCUUCGAGGAUGAUGCGGGCCUCGGGGCAGAGGAAUGCACGUUGUCAGAGGGGAAGGGCAAAGGUGGCGGCAAGGGGUGGGGGUGGGACAAAGGCGGCUGGGACAUGGGCAAGGGCUGGGACAUGGGCAAAGGAUGGGACAUGGGCAAAGGCUGGGGCGGCGGCAAGGGGUGGGAUGGAAAGAAAGGCUGGGAUGGCAAAGGAGGGAAAGGGAAAGAUGGCAAGGGAGGCAAGGGCGAGUGGGGUGGCAAGGACCGCAAAGGAAAAGGUGACAGACAAGACGGUAAAGGCAGUCGUGGCGGCAAAGACCAAGGGAAAGGCAGGUCCAAAGGCCCUCAGGAGGCCAAAGAUUCAGGUGCCAGUGGUGCCCAGGCUGCGGCCUCUGGGGAGGUCCGCGCGGACUGGUCAGCCUACACCGGCGGCCUUGCACCUGGCCAAGGCUAUGCCGCGGCUAGCGGAUCGAAAGGUUCUCAGGCUCGAGCUGGGAGACCAGUUCCCAAUGCUACCCCCGUGGCAACUGCAACGCCUCCGCCGCCACCAGCUGGUGGAAUGGUGAAGCCUGGUGCGCCAAUGAUGGCAGCAGGUGUGUGGACAGAGGCGAGUCGGCUCCCAGACCGGCCGGGGCCAGCUCCCUGCGCUCCUUUUGUGAUGAGCAGCGUUGGCACUGCGCCCAUGCCAGCAAUCAACAGCCUGCACAUGAAUCAGCUCCCCUAUCACCAGCCGUAUGGCAUGAUGCCUGGCAUGGGGCCACCUAUGCCUCAGCCCUUGCACAUGAACAACCCGGCUUUGGCUGGCAUGUACCCUGGCCAUGUGCCACCUCCAACACAUCCCGGUUUGGCAGGGCCAGGCAUGUACGAGGGAGAAGCAGCCUGGCCGGGAUGGAAUGCUCUGUGA